AUUUAAAUGAGUUUGAUUUGAAUGAUAUAAUUGAUAAUCAACCGGCAUCUUCGAAUUUAAAUAUUGAUGUAUUGAAUUUGGAUAAUUCAGCUAUUGAAAAGUCUCACAAUUCAGCGAUUGAAGAGUCUUAUGAUUCAGCUGUUGAAGAUUUUCCCAAUUCCGCUAUUGAAGAGUCUCCCGAUUCUGCUCUUGAAGAAUUACAAGAUUCACAAGAUUCAAUUAAAAUACUGUACUCACAGGAUUUUCAAAAAGAAAAUAAUGACCUUAAAAUGAAAGAAAUUACAUUGCAAAAAAAGAAACGUGCUGCCCUAUAUAUCGAUGGUUUAAAUUCUAAAGUCCUCAAGCCAUUUAAGACUCCUACGAAUGAUCCUGAAAAAAUCAAACUAUACAAGUAUUGCCAAAGAACGCCGUUGAAGAAAGCUACAAAUAAUGUUAUAAUUCAACUUCCCGAAAGUGACAAACCACUUAACAUUACUUUAAAUAUUUCACUUAAUAAUUAG